AUGUUCUUCCAACGCACAGCUAUUGCCCUCUCGAGGCGCGCCCCUGUGAGGGCCCUCUCUGCUCGCCCUUUCACCUCCUCCGUCAGCCGCUUCAACCAGAAGAAGUGGGAGCCCAAGCAGGAGGGCAAGAUUCUUCCCUUCGAAGAGAUCAAGACUGAGGAUGACCUUCUGCCCCCUGGUGCCAAGCCCGGUACCAUCCCUACCGACAUCGAGCAAGCCACCGGUCUCGAGCGUCUCGAACUUAUCGGAAAGAUGCAGGGCAUUGACAUCUUCGACAUGCGGCCCCUUGAUGCCUCCCGGAAGGGAACGCUCGACAACCCCAUCAUUGUCAACGGUGCUGGUGACGAGCAGUACGCCGGUUGCACUGGUUUCCCCGCCGACUCUCACCAGGUUAACUGGCUCACUGUUUCCCGUGAACGUCCCAUUGAGCGUUGCGGCGAGUGCGGUAACGUCGUCAAGCUGAACUACAUCGGUCCUCUCGAGGACGCUCACGGUCACGACGAACACGGCCACGACGGCCACCACCACCAGGUCCACGAGGAUCCCAAGACCUUCGCCGACUACGUCAAGCCCGAGUACUGGUACCGGUAA